CAAACAACAAGAGGAGCAGCGACCGGGAGCCAGCAGACACAUACUGAUACGCAGCUGCGACCGUAGGAGGCGAGGGGGACAAAAUAAUAAAUACAAUACAGAGCGCGACUUUCUGAAAGUACGAUUCUGUCGAAUGAAUACGUUUACAGUGAUUAAAAAGACCAAUGCAUUCGACAUAUUGGCUGUAGAGACGCCGUGCAGACCACCAGUCUGGUAGCUAUAAACAGUGAAGUGGUGCAAAAGGAGGAGGAGAGGAAAUAAAGGAGUUACCUGGAGGGUCUCCAUCAAUCCACAUUUCAGCUGGAGGGAGAGAAAAAGGCACGGAGAGCAAGAGAGAAAGGAGAAGAGGAGUGCGGGUCGCAUCUGCUCCUGGCAGCUGUUCCAGCAGCCUGUUCAUUGUUUUGGCUGUUAUUGCGUUCUGGAGUUUUCUUUUUGAUGAAUCGGUUCAUAUUUUAAACUUUAAUGUGAGAUAUUACUGCUGUAAAAAGAAAGGACGAAGAAAACUAGCAAACAGUUUUAUUUUUGUUCCAUUGUUGAUUUUUUUCCAUGGUUCUUUUGUUUCUUUUUUAUGUUUAACAACCUUUUUGGGCUGUGAGUAGCAGGAGCUUCCAUUCUCCAAACUAUUGUUGAAACCCCUUCCUUAACUAGUUAGGACCUGAUAACCUGAUAUUCCUCAAGCACCUGAAACUGGCAGCUAUUCUCUUUGUGUCUGUGUGUUUGGGGAGCUCUGUGACCACAGCUUAAGCACCACUCAGCCUUCUAGUCACCUAAGCCUAACUAAAGCAAGCCAGCUCUAGCCUGGUCCAGCUCAGUCCAGCCUGCUCCGAUCAUCUGGACAGGAUACUCAGUUCUGUGUGGACGUGAGGAAUAUGACUGCUGAGACUCUUAACUUCGGCCCAGAAUGGCUCCGUGCACUGUCCAGUGGGGGGAGUGUGACGUCCCCCCCUCCUUCCCCCGCCAUGCCAAAGUACAAGCUGGCCGAGUACCGCUACGGCCGAGAGGAGAUGUUAGCACUUUAUAUCAAAGACAACAAGGUCCCAGAAGACAUGCAGGAUAAGGAGUUUGCUGCUAUUCUGCAAGAUGAGCCCAUGCAGCCACUGGCACUGGUGCCUCUCACUGAGGAGGAGCAGAGAAACUUCUCCAUGUCUGUGAACAGUGUGGCAGUGCUGAGGCUCAUGGGAAAAGGGGUGGGCGGGGCCACCCCAGCUGGAGUGGUCCGAGGACGAGGGGCCGCACGAGGUGGUCGAGGUCGUGGUCGUGGUGAAGGUGGUUUCUACCAAAGAAGUAUUGAAGAGUCAGAAGUGGGUUUUGGCCGCAGUGUGAGAGAGAUUCACCGCAGCCAGAGCUGGGAUGACCGGGGCGAGCGACGCUUUGAGAAGCCGCUGCGUCGGGAGGUGGGGCGUCCAGGCUUUGAAGAGACAGGAGUUCCUCCUGGUCCUCUAAGGAAGGAGUUCGCAAGGGCUGACAGUGAUAACUGGCGCACCCUCCGGGAGGAGCAGGAGGAGGAAGAGGCAGAGCCGGGCAGCAGCUGGAGACUCACUGGACCUCGUAGGGAGGAUGGUGGUCCUCGCUCAGCAGGCUGGCGGGAUCAUCUCGGUCCAGGCGAGGGUCGUCGGAGGAAGUUUGAUUUCGACUUCCGGGACUCUGACGGUCAGGGUGGUGGACGCCGGCGUGCAGGCAGUGAGGGCCUGGAGGAUGACAGGGACGGCCUGCCGGAGUGGUGUACAGACGAGGAGGAAGGGGGAUUGGGCACUUUUGACUCCUCCGGAGCUUUCAUGACUAUGAAGGAUGGCAAGGAGACAAUCCUGGAGGAGGACUUUGACUUUAAGGGGAUAGAAGAGGAGGAAGAGGAGAGCUACGCUGACACUGGGAGGAAUAGUGUUGAAGGAGAUAGAGAGAAGGAGAGUAAAGAUGCCGGCUCUACUGUAGGUGAUGGGGAGACAAAGCUUGCAUCACCCUCCUCCUCUCCUCCUGUCCACUGUGCCCCUCCGUUCCUGGAGCCGCGGCCCAGCAAUGUUGGCCAAGUGUUGGACCACCUUCAGCUGAACAGCCAUGCUGUCAAGGUCAACAGCACACCCAGCGAAGACGUGACUCCAGUAGGGGGCUCCAAGCCGCAGCUGAGCCCAAACCCUCCCACCUCGUCCAGCUUGCCUCCCCCACCCCCUUCCUCUGCAGCUCCUCUUCUCCCUUCAUCUGGAGGAGACACAGAGGACGAUGAGGGCAUGAAGCACCUGCAGCAGGAGGCAGAGAAGAUGGUAGCUUCAUUGCAGGACACUUCGUUGGAGGAGGAAUGCUUCACCCAGGCUCUGCAGCAGCAGCAGGAGAGCAGGAACACAGCAGCAGCUCUGCCGCUGUCACAUGAGGCUGCCAUGAAGUGGUUUUAUAAGGACCCACAGGGAGAGAUCCAGGGUCCCUUCACCACAGUGGAGAUGUGUGAGUGGUUCCAGGCAGGCUACUUCACCAUGACACUGCUGGUGAAGCGGGGCUGCGACGAGGGCUUCCAACCCCUGGGAGACGUCAUCAAGAUGUGGGGCCGUGUGCCCUUCGCCCCAGGGCCCUCCCCACCGCCCCUGCUGGUGAGACAGCAACCACAGACGCAGCGCCCGCAGCCCACCCGAGGGCCCGCCGGGACUGUGAGUCAGAGCUCAGCCAACGUAGAGGAUGGGGAAGGGAGGAUGCAGAGGAGAGGGAAGCUUGAUAGACAGGUUACGGGGAACCUGGACCAGGAGCGCCUGAAAAAGCAACAGGAGCUGGCAGCAGCAGCUCUUUAUCAGCAGCUCCAACAACAGCAGCUAUUCCAGCUCAUUAACAGGUGCAGUGAGCCGGGUAUGAUGCCUUCGAUUAACAGAUCGAUGUCAGUGCCAGAUACAGGGUCCAUGUGGGACAUGCAUACCUCAGCUUCACAGCCGUCAGGCGGUGAAGCCAGUCUUUGGGACAUAACAAUGAAUCCCUCUACUCAGGGUCCAACUCUCGAACAGCUUCAAAAGCUCCAGCAGGAGAGGCGAGACGCUGAACUCAGGGCGAAGCGUGAGGAGGAGGAGCAGCGUAAGAGGAGGGAGGAGAAGAGGAGGCAACAAGAAGAGCAGAAGAGGAGGGAGGAAGACGAGCUCUUCAGACGCAAGCAGUGUCGACAGCAGCAGGAACUGAUCAUGAAGUUGCUGCAGGCCCCCCAGCAGCAGGGUCCUGGGGCAGGUGGCUCAGGCUGGAGCGGGGCUCCCUCCUCUGGGCUUGCCAAGGCAGGGAAGCCCCAGGCUCUGGCUCUGCUGGAAAUGCAGCAGGAGACAGAGAGGCUACUGAAGCAGCAGCAGCAACAGCGAGCCCAGCAGCAGAGAGAUCGCCACUGUGGCAUGUCUAUGGGGAGCUCCUCCAUGGGGGGGCAAUGGGUGGAUGGUGUUGGCAUGUGGGGCGGGCCUGGAGGCAUGGAGGGUAAGGGUGGCAGUGGAGGCUCUUCAGGCAGCAUGGGCAUGUGGGACGAGGCUGUGAAGAAUCAGUCCGGUCUGCGUGGCAACAGCAACAAUAACAUGGGCUUGAAGAACAGCCGCAGCAGCCCCUCACUCAGUGAGCAGUACAUGAUGCGUCGUAAGAGGACUGAGGAUGAGGACAAGCUGCUGAAGCUGCUGCAGGGCAUGAAGCCUCAGGACGGCUUCACCACCUGGUGUGAACAGAUGCUGCACGCUCUCAACACCUCUGCCAACAACUCUUCCUCCUCUGUGGAUGUUGCCACAAUUGUGGCCUACCUGAAGGAGGUGGAGUCUCCCUAUGCAGUGCUGGACUUUAUCCGGUCCUACCUGGGGGACACUGUGGAAGCCAAAGAGUUCGCCAAACAGUUUCUGGAGCGACGUGCCAAACAGAAAGCCAACCAACAGAGACAGCAGCAGCAGCUAUCAAAGGAAGUGGCUGGAAUGAACAUGAACUUCCCUCUGCAGGACUCAAUGCGAGGUAUGACUCCCAGCGCCCUGCAGUCCAUGUUUCAAGCCAACCACAUGAGCAAGGCUGGUCUCUAUGACAACCAGGGGGGAAAGAUGAAGAAGAAACCGCCCAUGAUGCUGCACUCUGACCCCAGCAUCUUAGGGUACUCAUUCCACAACGCGGGCGACUGUCUGAGCCUGAAUGAGAUGGAGAUGGUGGAGGAUUACUGAUGUGACCGACGCAGCAGCAAUAGCUACCUGAGGCCUUCUGUCUUUUAAUCAGACAAACCUGAUGACGAAUGUGCACUGCUGGGGGAACCGGGGGAUGGGGGAUGGGGGGGUCGGGGGGUAGAAAGGGAGCAAGCAUAAGGGGAGGUGUAGAGUGGAGGCGACCGGAAUUGCGUCUCCCACUCUCUCCUUCCCUCUGUGGAGAAUAAAGGGCUCCCUGCUGUACCAGUUGAUCACUUGAGCAUGGGAGAGGGGGGUGAGUAGGGGUGAGGUUUAAAGGAAGAUAGGUAUCCUCUGGCACUCAAAAGAUUAAGCACCUUAUACUGAACUAAUGCACUUUAUUGAGAUGGGAUUUGAAUAGUUGUUGUUUUUUUUUCUUUUGUGUGCGUGUGUGUUGGGAAUGAGGGCACACACACAUUAUCUGUGUGUGCAGUGGAACUGGAAGGGGGGGCGGUGAAACAGGCGGUGGGGUGAAUGGUCGGGAUGUUAGGUUUUCAAAGUCAGGGGGACCUUUUAGUUGAAACCUUAUCAGAGAGCAAAUCCUUUCUCAAAAGACAAACACUGUUGAUAUUUCUCUUGUUUAGCAUUUUUUUACGUUUAUAUAAAAAGUAAAGCUAUUGAAAAAUGGAUUAUAAAAAACUUGAAGAUUUGCACUUGCCUAAAAAAGAAAUAACAAAAACAACAAAAAAAUCAAACAAAUGGGGUUAGUUAUAGAAGUGAAUAUUUUUUUGAAUGUGUCUGAAUGACUGCGAGUGUGACGGUUUGUGUCAGUAAUAUACAAGUCUGCACAAUGUUUUUUUUGUUUCUUCUUUUUUUUGUUGCUUACCAAGAUGUAUGAAACAUAAGAGGCCAUUUUAUGUCUUUUUUUUUUUUUUUCAAAUGGUAAAUUUUGUAUUCUCAUGUUAAGAGUGUGUUUCCCUUUCUCCAAACAGGGACUUGAUUUGUAUGCUUUUGAGAGAGUGAGUGAUUGAGAGAGAGAGAGAGAGAGAGAGGCCAAUUGCACAACACAUCCUUUCUCUCACCAGCUCUUCAUCCCCAGAUAGACGAAAUAGAAAUGCAUACAUUUGUAAAUGUUAGCUUUGCGCUCAUGACAUGAUGACCACCACUAGUUUAUUUCCCUUAGCUUCUCCGCACGGAGAGCUGUCUGUAGACCUGUGAGGACGCAGACAGGGCGAAUCAUGAGGGACAUUACUGUGUGUGCAUCAGAAUGAGACUGUGUGUGUGUGUGUGUGUGUGUGUGUGUGUGUGUGUGUGUGUUUUCAGUGUGCAUGUUCAUUUACUGUUCAUAGAAAUGAGUUAAAGACUACAGGUACUCAUUCUGGAUACAUGUGCUUUUUUUUUUGUUUGUAUGUGAAUGAAUGCACAUUUGUGCCUAAGAACUCUGAUAGGGUGUGUGGCCAUUGAGACAUUAACUCUUUUUUGAGAGCGAGUGUGAUGUGUGUCAGUGCUCAGCACAGUGUAUGUAAGUUUAUAUCAUAAAUAUUUCUAGUUGAGUCUAGGGGUGAUCCAUCAGAAGGUUAGUCCAGUCUGUUUUCCUGGGGUGCGAUCACGUUGCCUUUUGUCAGCUCUCGAACUUGUGAAUGAAAGGUGUCGAGUUUCUGACUCUGAAAAAAAAAAAAAAUACAGCAUCUUAAUGUGCAAGUGCACAGAAGGGUGCAUGAAAUGUUAGCAUAUUGUGUUACUUAUUCGUUGUUGCAAUUUGAUAAUGACGAGUUUUCUUUUUUUAAUGAAAAAUAUAUAUGAAUAUAUACAUUAUAUACAAAGUUUAAAAAGUAUUUGGACUAAGAUAAUGAGCACUUGGGGCUGCUAUUUUUGUUGUGCGAUUUAAUUUUUUUUUUCCUUAAUUUUCUUUUGUUUUAUUAUCGCCAUGUGAAGUGUGUAAGUUUUUCUUUCUUAAGAAAAUAUUGAAUGUAUUCCAAAAAAAUGACAAGAAACCCGUGCUGAUACCAGAUAUUAUUUUUUUUCCUCAGAAGAUUUCAAAAAAGGAAACAAAAUACAAAAAAGCUUCAAAGAGUUUAGCAAGGACUUUUUAUAAACAGUGGAGAAGGAGAAAAAAAAAAAAAAAAAAACUUGGGAUGGAUACAGUUGAACACACUGCCUCUACAAUCCUGGUCGUACAAUUAAUGACUGAGAAUUAAAAGAAAGGACUCUUUCUAUUCCAUACUGGAGUUUUGGUUGUUUACAAACCACAUGGAUAUCUGUGGGUGCAGUUUUUUUUUUGUUAAUUGUUUUAUUUUAUUUUUUUGUUCCCACAUAUGAUGGGUGGGGUUUGCAAGUGCGCUUCUGCCAUAUGGACAUUGAGUGGUGUUGGUUUGAGGAAGAAUCGCAGGCAUCACAACAACAAUGGACAAGAUCCUUUAAGUGGACCUUAUGUGUGGUUGUUGAGCCUGAAACAUGAUGAUCAAACAUGGAGCGGUGGUAUAAGAAAUCAAGGAUGGGCUCUGAUUGGUGGAGAACGGAGUGCAGGGCUGCAAAACCCUGGAGGGGAACUCAAGAGGGAGUGAUACGAGCACACCUGUUAGUGCACUUGUCUUUCACCUCAACCCCUCAGAAGCACUCACACCCUGCCCUCACCAACUCACCUAUGCACUUUUGUUCAUUCAAGCUGUGAGGUACCUUUUUGGGGAUGGGAGCACAAUUACAACAGGAGGAUUGCUACGACUUUUGACAAAGUCACUGAAAAAAAAAAUAUUCCCAAAACUGAAAUAAAGAGACUCAAGAAGCUACGUCUUCUUCCAACUCCUGUACAUAACCAUAUUUUUGUAUUACCUUUCAGAGUAGAAAGAAAAAUUUGAAAAAUGGAUGAAGGAAAAAAUUCAUGAGACAUUGCUUAUAUCGAGUGAAUGUUCUUCAAGAAAACCAAUCUUAUUGUUUUUUUUUUUUUUUUUUAAUAUAGUUUGAGAUAGACUUGCUGUGAGUUUCCCUCAGUUUGCCAGUUACCCCUGAAAUAAUCGGGGAUGGGAGGGAAAACCACACGGACAUGGACUGAGGUGCUGGCUCAAAGACUGACUGAUAGCUUCUUAUCAAAAUGGAUGUUUUUGCAGUUACUACAAAGAGCCUCACCGUGAGUGUUCGAUCAACGUGCACGCUAAAGAGGCUGGAAUGGAGCUGUCGGCGAGGAUGCUUUCACGUCGUCUACCAACCUGAGAGCUGUGGAGAGACUGCAGAAGAAACAAUCCUUGGCAUUGGAUUGUGGCUGUGCUUUAUUUGCUGCCCUCUGCGAGGAGGAUCUUAUCUACAGCCAACCCAUGAACCAGUUAACGUGUCCUACAAACUUAACCCCUAGAAACCUUUCUGUUUCGAUUUGGACUGGGCAAUCCAGUGGCAUUACCAGUUGGAUGGUUACCAAGAUAAAGUUACACCUUUAUCGACCGUGGAUCCCAUCUGUGUUGGAAGUGUUGCGUUUGGAUUCCGGCACUCUCUAGUUUGGAAAAAAAAAAAAAAAAGUGAAUAAAGAGGGCAUCGAUUGCCUGGAUGUCAUCACCGACUUGGCCUGAAACUUGUCAGGUGGUUGUCUGGAGGUUCAUCUAACCAGCAGGACAGAAGACCUGCCCGGAUGUCCGGAGACUUGAGUGCUGGGUUGGGUUGCAGCGUCCGGAAUGGAUGAACUGAAAGCAUUGUACAAAAAAAGACUUUAAAAAAACAUGACAAAACACAAACACACAGCAACAUGUCACAUAGAUUCAGGAGGCCAAGGGAGUUGCAGACACACUACAUGCAAACCUACACACACUCGAUUACAUUGGCUCUCCUUUAGAACCACGUCUGCACACUUAACCAGGGCUACAUCCAAAUCUCACAUAGACACACACACACACAAGCAUCAAGGCUCAUCAGUAUAAAUGCUGAGCUAAUGUAAAUAAUGUAAAAGUUUGUGUUUUGAUUUUUCCUCUCAUAGUGAGGUUUGCUUUUUUUUUCUCAGUUCAACAUGCCUUAAAUUGUAUAGUUCAGGCUAACUGAAAAACGUUCUCUAAAUGAUGAAUUUAAGUUUGAAAUCACCUUGAUGACUGUCCUCCAAAGUCAAAGAAAGAAAGGAGUCUUUCUAAAGACAGUUUUUUUUUCCCGAAAGAAUUUGCUUUACAAACCACCUCGAGGGUUGCUAGUUAGCUACGGAAUAAAGCAGCGAGCGAUCUUUGAUUAAUCUAAUUUUGUAGGUGGUUGGCUUUUGUUGCCCUUUUGGUUUUCUUUAAAUGACGAGUGGAUUUGUUCAGAUGUCCUGUUUAGAUAAUCGCUGAAGGUUCAGGCUUGAUUAAGGGCUGAAGUCUGUACUUGUCUGGAGCUGAGCUGGCAGGUUAAAUUAACACAAUUGGCUUAAAGAACAGACUUGUUGCUGUGGCAACUAUUGUUGGAUAUACUGCACAUGGUGAAACUAAACCAGAGUUCGACUGCUCCUCCACAAAUGGAGGGGCUUUUUGUUCACUUCUCACACUCCCUGGGUCUUACAUGUUUAGGAAAACUACUAGAUACUUUUUACUGUUGAAAGUUGUCAUUUAACGCUUGCCUUAGAAGUGUGACUCGAAGAGCAAGUGUGCAUCAUUUGUGAUAUUUGUGGGUUUUGACACAAAACCUUGAGGUGGGUCACAGCCUGGCCCAAUCAGCCUCUGCUUUGUCUGAAACGCCGGUGAUCAUCUCUGAUGGCACUGAAUAUUUAAGGAAUCAGAUCAGUUGUGAUCCGUCUGAAAGGGAAUUCCUCGCAUCAAAAUGUGUAGGGUCUUACUCCACGUAUGUAUAUUGAAUUGGAUUUGAGAGAUCAAUGCUUUUAGUCGACUAGUAGUUCUUCUGUGAACUUGAUAACUAAAACAGUAUGACGUUUUUAAUCCAAAUGGCAACUGGUAUUCAUCGAGAAACAUCAAGUUUAGACUUGCAAUACAUGUGCACACUGUUCAGCUGAGGUUUGAUAGUUACCUGCCAUAGCUAACUGUGUAAACUAAAGUAACUACAGUCUGCCCCAGUAUAUAACUGUUGAAGUGAUACUGAGUUAAUGCUAUAUGGUUACUUAGUUGUUGUGUUAUCAGCUGCCAAAACAAAGAAAUUGUCUUGUAAAUGGCUUUAAAAAUACUUGAUUUGACAAUUUUUAACUGGUAUUGUGUGGUGUUAGUUGUUGGUCAGUCGGUCUGUCUUUAAAACAGAUGUUUUUGCAGUUUAUUUUACCGCACUACACAUAAUUUUAUGACUAGAUAAACUGCAAUAUUGUGUUGUAAAAAAAAAAAAAAAAAAGAGGCUCAAGUGUUAGGUUGCUGGCUCUGAUAAGUUCCUGUCAAAGCCUGUUGCUUCAUGAUAUAAAGUUGAUCAUCUGGUUUAGUUUUGCUUUGUUCAUCGCAUCUCCAACAAUGUUGCAAAAAGAGAAAUAUUAAAGUUAUAGCUCAGCCGGCUCAGCUCCUUCGCUUAAUGAAAAUGAAUGUUGUUUAAAAAGAAACACAGCAUACAUUUAAUGAAACUGUUAUGAAAAAGAAAAGAACAACUGAAAGACCUGUAAAUAGUUUGGCUUUUGUUUGUUUGAAGAACAAAAUAAAUACUAAAUAAAUAGCAUUUAGCCGUGA